CAUGGGAAAGAGCAACUCUUCUCUUGGGAUGGAAAUAUGUGAUUUUUGGCUAAAACAGUAGGGGAAUCGAUUCAGCGCUCGCCUCGCCCUCGUUUUCUUGGAAGAUCCUGGACAGACGCUGGUGUCGGGAGAGGAGGAGGGCAUCAUGUGCUAGAUUUGGUUCGCCUGUUCACAUUAAUGAAACCAUACGUCUCUGUGAUUGAAACAGCAGUGCGACUGGGAAAUAUCGCUUCACUGUAGUUUACGCACACGUUGCUGCAGAACAGUGUUGGAUAGUUUUUGUUUUUAUUUUUUUAUUUUUUUACGCCACCGAAGGAAGGUGUUUAUUCGGCUCCUCGCAAUGGAGUCCACAUGACCGCGGGAGAGUGAGAGUUUUCCCACGGACCAAGACCACUUGACAGCCCCCUCUCCGGUUCCUUUGAACGGUUCCAUCGUCGGCAUGACCCUCGGCGCAGUGUCCGCCUCCGGCAGCUCAUCGGCGGGCUGCUUCUGCUCCUGCUGCGGGGCGAAGAUGGUGCCCUACUUCAGCGACGACGCGGUUGUUUCUCAGAAUCAGAUCAACCAGCUUAUCAGCGAGAGCUUCCUGACGGUAAAAGGAGCUGCCCUUUUCCUCCCCAGGGGUAAUAGCCCCACUCCUAACUCUGCCCCUCGCAUCAGCCAACGCAGGAACAAGCACACAGGUGACCUCCAGCAACACCUUCAGACCAUGUUCACUGUGCUGCGGCCAGAGGACACCAUCAGACUGGCUGUGCGUUUGGAGAGCGCCUACGCCCAGUGUACGCGCUACAUGGUGGUGGUUUCCACCAACGGCAGACAAGACACUGAGGAGAGCAUUGUGCUGGGCAUUGACUUCAGCUCCUCUGACAGUUCCUGUACGGUGGGGCUGGUUCUACCUCUGUGGAGUGACACGCUGAUUCACUUGGAUGGAGAUGGUGGUUUCAGUGUGUCAACGGUCAACAGGGUCCAUGUCUUCAAGCCAGUCUCUGUCCAGGCCAUGUGGUCAGCCCUCCAGUCACUCCACAAGGCAUGUGAGGUGGCUCGCUGCCACAACUACUACCCAGGUAGCCUGUUCCUCACCUGGGUCAGCUACUACCAGAGCAGGGUCUCCUCUGACCAAUUCUACAUCAACGAGUGGAAUGCCAUGCAGGAUGUUGAGUCACACCGCGCGGACUCACCCGUCCUCUUCACCGAUGUGCCCACAGAAAGGGAGCGAACAGAGCGGUUAAUCAAAAUGCGGCUCAGAGAGAUCAUGAUGCAGAAAGACCUGGAGAACGUAACAUCUAAGGAGAUUCGAACGGAGUUGGAGAUGCAGAUGGCGUGUAACCUGAGGGAGUUCAAGGAGUUCAUUGACAACGAGAUGAUAGUCAUCCUGGGACAGAUGGAUAGCCCUACUGAGAUCUUUGAGCAUGUAUAUCUGGGCUCUGAAUGGAAUGCCUCUAACCUAGAGGAGCUACAGAACAGCGGAGUGCGUUACAUCCUGAAUGUGACCAGGGAGAUAGACAACUUCUUCCCAGGGAUGUUCGAAUACCACAACAUCAGAGUGUACGAUGAAGAGGCCACCAACCUGCUGGAGUACUGGAACGAGACCUACAAGUUCAUCACCAAGGCCAAGAAAGCCGGUGCUAAGUGUCUGGUUCACUGUAAGAUGGGCGUGAGUCGCUCAGCCUCCACAGUGAUUGCCUACGCUAUGAAGGAGUACGGCUGGGACUUGGACACUGCCUUUGACUAUGUUAAAGAAAGACGUGCUGUCACUAAGCCAAACCCUUCCUUUAUGAAACAGUUGGAGGAGUAUCAGGGAAUUCUGCUGGCCAGCAAACAGAGGCAUAAUAAGCUAUGGCGGUCCCACUCUGACAGUGACCUAUCAGAUCGCCCUGAGCCAGUGUGUAAGCCUGCCUCCCACACCCUGGGACGCUCUGACCCGCACAACAACAACAACACCUCUUCCUCCUUACAUCACUUCCUGGGUGUGGCUGUUCUGCAGGCUCUCGGUGCUGAACCUCAAGAGUCCACCUUGGACUCUGAUGCCAAAUCAACCUCCGCACACAACUCUCACCCGCAAACACAGUCCAACGGUGUGUUUGAUUCACUGGAAGAGGACGAGGUCAAAUCAGACUGUGUCCAACAUGAAGACCCCCUCCUCCCUCCCCUUCCCAGGCCCCGGGCGGCCACUGUAGUCCCCGAGAACAGGAUGGAUAACUCGGAGAAGGUGGCGGUCACACUGCCUGUGGGUGUACCUCACCCUCCUCCAUCGUUCCACAUCCUUCCCCCAUCACCCGAACCCCCGCGCACUUCCCUGGGUCCUCCCACACAGCUGUUAAGCUCAGUGCAUGAAUGCAAACCGGUGGAACUGUCCCUCAAUUUGGUUGAGCGGAGCAGCUCCGAGGACAUUUCUCCCCUCACUGUGGGAUCCAGUGACUCUGACUCUCUAGAGCACUCUCUGUCAGAAUCAGUGAGUAACAAAGUUAGCCCCCUCAGCCCUCUAACUACCAAUCCUCUCCCUCUGGUUCUCUCUACGGGUCCCAGUGAUGACAACAACAACCCCAGUGAGUUACAGACGGGAAGUGCCUUUGACAGCCGUGGUGAGGCUGAUGGGUCGUCCAACCACAGCACGGACAGCAUUGACUUCUUCAGUGCCAGAGAAAAAUUUCUGGGCUUAGCCCAAGACACUAGAACCAGGACACUUUCUGAACAAACACAGCAGAGGGCACCUCUGUCGCUGUCCCUAGAGGACCCUGGAGAAACAGUGACCAAGGAGGAAGAGGAGCAAGGGAAGCGAAUGAGUCAGGCAGUGAACCAGGUAUCUCCAUAUUCUGAAGACAUUGCUGACAAAGCCAGCCCUGACAGAUCCCAUCAAUCCCCUCACCACGACAACGGGAUAUCAGUGCGCCAUAUCGUCACUGAGAUUGAAUCCAUAUCCCACCCUACCUCUUCGCUUCCCACAUCCUCCACUUCCUCCUCUUCCUCCCCCCCUCCGUCCUCUCAUAGCCCUCAGCCAACUCGACUGGAACAGCAAGAGGAUGGGGAGACUGUUGAGGUCACCCAUGGUUCCUUAACUCCGCCCUCACACCCACAGUCUCCUUCUACACCGCCGUGCGAUUGGCCAUCAGGGUCAGUGCGGCGGGCCACCAAGCAGCUUGAGCAGAAGCUGAGGCAGGAAAUGGAAAUGUCCAUGCCUCAGCGAUCCCCGCUACACUCCCCCAGCACUGAACAUCCUCCCAUCCGAACUUCCCUGAGCUCCCCUAGCACUGAAAAUCCUCCCGUUCGUUCCCCUCAUCACUCUGCAGAGCAGACGCUUUUGUCAGGAAAUAGACUCGAUAGACUCAGUCAGGGAGUGAGUGCGGCUGCUUCUGCUAAUGCUAAGCCCAAAGACAGAGAGAAGCAAACUUGGUCACACAGGGAACUCCAAAGACUCAACUCCUCAGGCAUGGACACCAUCACAGACCCUUCAUUAUCCGCUAACUCUAAUACCAGCCAAGUCUCUGGUGCUACACCUAUAAUUGUGCAUACAUCCGAGGAUAGCCAUACACUGACACAGACCCAGACAUCAUCUGGGCCCCUUGCCAUUAGUAGUCUAUUAGUAGACUCAUUCCUGGAUACUUUGCCCCUGGCCCAGAGAGAGAGCCAACUCCAUAGCCCAAACAAGUUUCCUGCCCAGCCUUAUUCACAGCCUAUGAGUCAAAACCAGCAGUUUAAAGUCCAGCCUCAGGCCUCCUCAAAUCAGAUGACAUUGGAUGGGGUGACGGUCCAGGAAUCAGACACAGACGAGAGGCUGGGUUCUAGUUCCCAGGGAAGGCAAGUGGACUAUGUCCCGUGCUGUGAUGCUCAAAGCAGGCUUUCUCGUGGCAGCCAGGAGCUGGAGAGGAUCCAGCAGACACUCAGAGAGCUGCAGGCCUUUCUCCAUGAGGCAGGGGGCCUGGAGACCAGAGAGACCCUGGAACAAUCGGAAAAAGGUCAUCUCAGACAGGCUCAGGGACCAGGGCAGCCUCAGAGGUUGAGAGAGGUAAUGGAUACAGAGCCAGAGCCUCGGAAAGGGGAGUCCAGUGAACAGGCUGCUCCAGGGCUGGAACAGGGGCAGGGGCCCGCAGAGAGACAGGGGAAGAGUUUCCCGCAGCCAGCAGGGUGGCAGAGAGCCAUGGAACUGGAAGCUCGUAUCCGCCAGGCGGGCCUCACUCCCCCUUCCCUCAUGAAGAGGUCAGCCUCCUUGGCUAAAUUGGACUGUCUGGAGCUAUCAGCCAAUGACCUCAAUGACUGGGACCUUAGGCCCCACAACAGGACGCCAUUGUCACAGCCCCAGGAUCCCUCCUCCAUACUCCCAUCUCAUCCAGAUGACACCUUGAAGAAACAGAGGGUGCUGGUCCAGAUCCCUCACGCUGAAAGAACUGGCUUGUCCCAUCAUGGCCGGGCUCCUGACAACCCAUCCUCACCACCCUCUCUCCCCUUCUCCUCUUCCCCUCAUCAUUGUUGGGGAGAGGACUCCGGCAAGAGGGAGGAGCCAGUUGGCAGCGGUAAUGGCGUGGUCACUAUGACAACACUCCAUCAACAGGGUAGGGGUCACUCGUUGAGGCGUUCCCGUAAAGCAUCUGCUGAGAAAAAGCAGAGAACUGUCACUGUGCUAUACAAUACCAUGUAACCUCACUGCACUGGACUGGAACGGACACAACUGGAACUGUGCGAGUGUGUGAACGACAUGGCAUGAUGUAUAUGAAUGUGUACUGAUUUGUGCGUGUUGGUGUUGUGCCCAGUCACCCAGACUGUCUCAGUGUGUAUGUCGUAUGCCUAAGUACUGAUUAGUGGAUAUACUGUAGAUCCUGUGUAACCUCCAGUGUAUGUAUAGUUUGUAAGCAGCAAGUGAAUGCUGAGCCUGUGUAUGCAUGUAAACCACUGAAUGUGUGCAAGUGUGCCGACUGGAAUCACAUGGAAAAUAUGUGUUUAUGGUAGUAUGGGUGUGUAUGUACUCUUAUAUGAAUGUUCAAACAAUGGUUGAACCUGUGAGUAUGUACCAUUAUAUGUGUCCCUUUUUUAGGUGCGUUUGUUUUCAGUGUGUGGCCCUCGCUGCCUGUUCAGGGUUUUCUGAAACUACAACGAAGUUGGGGGCUCUUUCUCAAAACAUGCACUUUAAUUUUACUUUACUUUUAAAGUGUAGAUUUGUCCUUUUAGUUAAAACCCAUUUCUUAAAAGCUAUUAUCACCCUGGGGAGGAUUUUUUUGCACUGAUUUCAGUAGAGACAAGCUUUCUCUCUAUAUGCUUGUUUCACUGUCAAGUGGACAGACAUGUCCUUAUUCAGAUUUUGAAACCAAGACAAAGCUGAUGAUAUUGUUUUUUUAUUCUGUGCUGUACCCAUAAAUAAAUAUGGUGCGUUUGUUUUGACUGCA